UCUCCUCCUUCCCCCUCUCUCAGUCAGCCGCCAACUGCCCUCCUGUGUGAGCGGCGUUGCCUCGCGUGCCCCCCAAAACCUGUUGGCCAUUCUCGAACCCACAGCUAGCUACCUCUCCUUAGCGUUCAAUCGUACUACUCCCAUUGUCUUCCACAAUUUCAGUCGCGUCCUUCCCUCCCACCCUCUCUCUCUCUUUCUCUCCCUUUAACCUCUCGUGAGCACUCUAUAAGGAACCAGAGAAAGAAUAUUAUCGGUGAACUCCUCGACAAUUGAAUAACAAAUUCUUUGACGAAAAGUCUGGGUCAUUAUAAAUACUCCCGUUUGACGCGCGCUAUUCGGUCGCCCAAUGGGACCAUCGGCGCUUUACGUAGCAAGAGAGAGAAAGAGUGAGUGGAGUUUUUUUCUGUGAGUGUGAUCUCCACUGAAAGUGUAACUUCGAAGACGACGACGUUUAGUAUUCCCUCAGUUGCGGCGUCACCCGACCGACUUUUCGUUCCCGAAUUCGUCUGUGAGAUUUGGCGUACGAGAGCCAGAGGAAGGGAGAAGAUUCCUGACUAGAAGGACGAACAGAGCUAAAGUGUGAGCGACUGGACUUCAAUAAUUCUACCUACCGGACACGAAUCAUUCAUCCUAUAAACUUGGCUUGUGUGGAAGUGAUGACGAAAACUACUGUGAAUCGAGCGACAGUGAGAAUAAUAUAAGUUUGUGAAACGAGAAUCAAUAAGGAAAAAACGAAACAACGACAGAACAUAACUCAGUCUCGACAGAUACUAAUCCCCCUGAAAGGAAGGGUAACGUAAUAACAGACACACACACACACACAGCGACAGACAGUGUGCUGAAUACCAGGUUGAUCCACACCAAUCAGGAAUCUGGAAAGAGCCGCGGAUUUCCUGCCAUUGGUCAGAUCUUCGCACCGUCCAGCCAAUCACAAGUUUUCUUGGAAUCGCGUUUUCCUCUCAGCGGCGAGAGCUCUUGAGCGUAACAUCUUAUGGUGUGUUCAUGGCGGGUAAGCAGUGAGCGUGGCCCGAGAAUGCUGGGGUUGCUGUUGGCGUCUUGCAUUUUGGGGCUUGCAGGACUCACCUGCGCCCAGCCUCCUCCCAUCGACACCCUCGACGUCCUGCCGGAAGAAGGCCUGGACAUCAGCCUCUCCAAACGGGAUCUCGAGUUCAACCAGUAUGUGCCUGGAUACAGGCUGCGUGGAGAGCCCUCCUGCGAGGAGCUGAGAGCCAUGUGGCGCCUGAGCAAGAGAGAGGCGCGGAGGGCCACCUCAACCAAUCAGCUCCCCAGGUCCCGGCCCUACUCCUACGGGAGACUCAUGGCGUUCGCCCCAGAUCCUAGCGCAGGGCCCAAAGGCCCCGUUUACGGUCGCAUCUGGAAGUAUCCUCAGCCAAAAUCCAGUUCUUCGAUUCCCACCAAAGGAGCUUUCGAAAAGCUGAGAACGUUGAUAGGACCCGGAGACCGACGAGGCUCCUACGACGCCCUUCGAAAAAUGGCCGUCACAUCGACGAAGGGAAGCUACGACAAACUGCAGCAAAUGAUCAACCGGGAGCGACAGGAGCAGCAGCAGCAGCAGCAGCAGCAACACCCGGUGGCCCUAGCGCUGCGCGCCGAAGAGAAUUCAUUCCAGGAUACUUCUCAGCCGGGAAGGAGCUCCCAGUCGGCCUUCCGGUCAGGUUCACACUCCAUGCGGAGGUCGCAGGCCCUCAUGGAGCCCUCGGUGGAGAUGUCUCCUCGCAGCAUGAGAGGCUCCAUGCAUUUCUCACAACAGGGGUUCGUGGGCCCCCUGCUGCCGGCAGAUUCCAGACCUCAAACAUCCUUCAGUCCUUGGCAGCCUCCGGCACCUGACCCUGGGAUGAGAGGGUGCAGGGAAGUGCGCGGGAACUACUGCCGGGAGGACGGCGACUGCGCAUGCGCUGGUCUCUACCGAUGUAAUAAGGCAAGAUGUAAGGUCUCCGACAAGUCACCAGUUGUGGAAGACACCAACGGAGGGUGGUUCAAAGGACCCCUGGAGGAGCAGGACCUAGGAGUUUGGGGAAGUCGGUCUCUUCGACAACCUUGAAUAGCUUCCAGCAUCAUCUCUACUCAUCAAGCGCCCCCGGACCCCCUCACAAAAAAAAAAAAAAAAAAAAAAAAAAAAAAACAAAAAAAAAAAAAAAAAA